AUGGCUGCUCUUCUUUUCUUCUUCUUCGGUUUAGCUCUUGCCAUGGCCGUACCACCACAACAAGAUUCUUCCCAACAAAUUUUGGAGGAGAACAACAAUAAAGCAAUGUUGUCACGCGACGUAACGUUAGAACUGCAGAAUCAUGAUUGGAAAAUUCUAACUUUUUUGUUUUUGAAUUUACAGGUAAUAAUUGACAAUGGCAUAGUUCGAGUCACUUUAUCUCGUCCUGAUGGCGAUGUUAUUGCUUUAAAAUACAAUGGUAUUGACAACCUCCUUGAAAUUCGCAACGUCCAAUCUAACAGAGGAUAUUGGGACGUUGUUUGGAACCGCCCAAAUAAAGCAAGUGCCACUGACAGGGUAAUAGCGACAAAUUUCAAAGUAAUUACGAGCAACAGUGACCAAGUAGAGCUUUCAUUCGCCAAAACGUGGGAUCCUUCCGACCCUUCUUCGCUCCCUUCGAACAUAGACAAAAGGUAUAUUCUGCGACGUGGGGAUUCUGGGUUCUACUCAUAUGGUAUAUUUGAACGCCUCAAUGGAUGGCCUCAAAUUGAGGUUGAUCAAAUUAGAAUUGCCUACAAACUCCUAGGAGACAAAUUUCAUUACAUGGCGAUAUCAGACAAUAGACAGAGAAUGAUGCCAACUGCAGAGGACCGUCUUACUGGGAAGCCUUUGGAUUAUCCGGAGGCGGUUCUAUUAACCCGACCGAGGGAUCCAAGCUUUAGAGGAGAGGUGGACGAUAAGUACCAAUACUCAUUAGAAAAUAUGGAGAACAAGGUUCAUGGAUGGGAGUCAAGUGAUCCACACGUGGGAUUCUGGAUGAUCACGCCCAGUGAUGAGUUCCGUACGGCUGGUCCGGUCAAGCAAGAUCUCACUUCCCACGUCGGCCCCGUAACUCUUUCUAUGUUUGUGAGUACACAUUAUGCGGGUAAAGACGUUUCCAUGAGAUUUCAAGAGGGAGAAGCUUGGAAGAAGGUUUUCGGACCGGUUUUCACUUAUAUUAACUCCGACCCAACCGGAACUGGUAAACCCGGUUCACUCUGGGACGAUGCUAAAAACCAGAUGAGGAUUGAAACAAGUAAAUGGCCAUACAACUUUGUCGAAUCCACAGAAUUUCCAUCGUCAGAACAAAGAGGAAGCUUGAGUGGUCAAUUAUUAGUCCGAGAUGGAUUCGCUAAGUACCCACAGAUGUGGGGAGAUUCCGCUUAUGUGGGCCUUGCUGCUCCUGGGGAACUAGGGUCUUGGCAAAGAGAAAGCAAGGGAUAUCAAUUUUGGACACGAGCGGACGAUCAUGGAUACUUCUCAAUUGAUAACAUUAGAUCGGGAACUUACAAUUUAUAUGCUUGGGUACCUGGUGUCCUUGGUGAUUACAAGUAUGAUAACCAAAUCACCAUCACACCAAGAAGUUCCACUAAUCUAAAUUUGUUGGUCUUUCACCCUCCAAGACAGGGCCCAACUUUGUGGGAGAUUGGCAUCCCAGAUCGGAAGGCAGCUGAGUUCUAUAUACCAAGUCCUCGACCUACCCUCACGAAUUGCUUUUACAAUGAUUCCAAGCUCCACAUCCAAGAUGAUAAUUUUCGACAAUACGGUCUUUGGGAACGAUACGCCGAAUUGUAUCCACAUGGAGAUCUUGUGUACAAUGUCGACACUGAUGAUUACCAUCGUAACUGGUUCUACGCUCAUGUCACCCGAGCUACUGGUUCUGGUACCUAUGAGGCAACAACGUGGCAAAUUGUGUUUCAUAUUCAAAGGCCUAAACAGAUCGGUAACUAUAUGCUUCGAUUAGCCUUGGCCUCCUCAACUGAUGCUGUGAUCGAUAUCCGAUUCAACAACCCUUCUACCAAACAACCUCAUUUCACAACCGGGUAUUGGUCAUCAGGAAAGGAUAACGCCAUUGCCAGACAUGGUAUUCAUGGGCUUCAUUGGUUAUUCAACUUCCAGGUUCCAAGCCAACUUUUGGUAGAAGGUCAAAACGUGAUCUAUCUAACACAAAGAAGACAUACAGGAGAAUUUCAAGGAGUAAUGUACGACUACAUACGGUUCGAAGAUGUAGAGUAAAACCAAAUAGGACCAUCGGCAAUUGAGCCAAU